GCCCGGAGCUGGGGGUGGGCUCUCAGGGGACAGCCGGCGGGCACCCCCACUGAUCUGGACCGCCAGCCACCGGGGAGCUCGGGACUCCGGGUGUAGAGGCUGCGCUAUCACAUGGGUGGCGGAGACGGGGCCGCAUUUAAGCGGCCCGGGUACGGCGCCCGCCUCCAGCGCGUCCUCGGGCUUGGCUCCCGCCGGACGCCCUGCUCUCUGCCCACCGGGGGCCCCGCUCGGUGCCGCACCGCGCCUCCGCUGCCCGGCCAUGCGAGCGCCGGCCCCGCUGCGAUGAGCUCGCACAUCGCCAAAAGCGAGUCCAAGACGUCGCUGCUGAAGGCGGCUGCGACGAGCGGGGGCAGCCGGCUUCCCCGCCAGGGCCCUGCCCGGGAGCCAGGGCUGCCUAGCCGCCGGCUGCCCAGCACCUGCCCCGGCACGCCACCGCCGUCCGGGGACCCCAGUUUGCGGAGGCCCCUGUGCCGGCCGGCGCCGCGAGAGGAGGGCGUGCGGGGAAGCCGCUGCGGGCUCCCCCAGGCGCACUGCAGGCCCCGGGAGGCGCUGCGGGCGGCCGCGGCGUCCCGACCUUCUCCCCAGUCGCCGCUGCCGCCGGCCCGCGGGCGGGAUGGGGAGGAACGGGGGCUGUCCCCGGCGCUCGGCCUCCGGUGCGCGCAGCGAGCCCCGAGCCGCGGGGUCUCCGCUCCAGCUGCCGCGUCCGAGGCAGACCCGUUCCUCCACCGGCUGCGCCCCAUGCUCAGCUCCGCCUUCGGCCAGGACAGAUCACUGCGGCCAGAGGAGAUUGAAGAGCUCCGAGAGGCCUUCAGAGAAUUUGACAAGGACAAGGACGGCUACAUCAACUGCCGAGACCUGGGCAACUGCAUGCGCACCAUGGGCUACAUGCCCACCGAGAUGGAGCUUAUCGAGCUGUCCCAGCAGAUCAACAUGAACCUGGGUGGCCAAGUGGAUUUUGAUGACUUUGUGGAGCUAAUGGGACCUAAACUCCUGGCGGAGACGGCAGAUAUGAUUGGUGUAAAGGAACUGCGAGAUGCUUUCCGAGAGUUUGACACCAAUGGUGAUGGGGAGAUAAGCACCAGUGAGUUGCGAGAGGCCAUGAGGAAACUCCUGGGUCAUCAGGUGGGACACCGAGACAUAGAGGAAAUUAUCCGAGAUGUGGACCUCAAUGGGGAUGGCCACGUGGACUUUGAAGAGUUCGUCCGGAUGAUGUCCCGCUGAGGCCGUGAGGGCCCCUCCAGGACUGCCAAGCUCCCACCGGCGGAGAAGAGGGGCGGAGCUCUUCUCGCUCCGCUGCUGUUGCUGCCGAGAGCCCAGGACGGACUGGUGGAGGGGGCCUGCUUGCACCCCGGGGAGGUGCCCACCCCGGACCCCCACCCUCCGCACUGUGAAAGACUCACAACUCCUGCAACUGGAAAGAGGGGCGCCCACCGACAAGGAGGCCACAGUGCCAAGCCACAGAGGUUAUGCAAGGCGCCAAGUGCCAUGUACCCAGCCGCUGCCGGCUGGACGGGCCAGGGAGCCCGCCAGCAGAUCCCACAUAGCAUGUCUGCCCCAGGGCACAGCCUCUGUUGCCCUCCUCAGCGCUGCGCCCAUCCCAGCUCGCCUCAGCCUUGUUAUCUCAGAACCAAUAAAAACAUU